ACACCGAGUAAACUGCUCAAGUACAAUAGCUUGCAUACCACAUAAGAUAUUUAAUCAUAUCAGGCAAGUUCGGUGCAACAUCUUGAUUGAGAAGAUGAUGGCUAAGAAAAAUAUUCACUUGCCUUCGUUAUAAAAUAUCAUAUGCUACAUCAACUCAAUCACCUUUACGGAUAUCCACCAAUUAAAUAUUAAAAGAGGAAAAUUAUGCUCCUAAAGUUCUCCACUAGUUUGAACUACUCAGAAUUAAUUUUUGUUCCAGCUUGACUUAUACGUUGGCCUUCCCAAAAAAAUGCUGAGAUCAACUUUCACUCCCAUAUUAACGGCUUUUCCCUCUAAGGCCAAAAAACCCCGCAACUACUUGAACACAAUUAUCACUGCAAUAACAAACCCCCCACAACCUGUUCGACAAAAUGCCUCAAUGGAGAAUAUGUUGCUACAACAGCAUACUCCAACCUCAGCUUACGUUCACCUCCCGUUCUGUCGAAAGCGCUGUCACUACUGCGACUUCCCCAUCGUCGCAUUGGGGUCAUCUUCACCUUAUGGUGAUGACGACCCUCGAAUUAUUAACUACAUUGAUUUCCUAUGCAGAGAAAUUAAAGCCACUUCAAUACCUUCCGACUACAAGUCACCUCUUGAAACCGUCUUUUUUGGUGGAGGUACACCUUCACUUGUACCACCAAGAUUAGUAUCUCUAGUCCUGGAGACAUUGGACGCUAAAUUCGGGGUGUGUUCUGAUGCUGAAAUUUCAAUAGAAAUGGAUCCUGGUACAUUUGAUGCUAAAAAAUUGAAAGAUUUGAUGAAGUUGGGAGUUAAUAGAGUGUCGCUAGGAGUUCAAGCAUUCCAGGAGGAGUUGCUUAGGAGUUGUGGGAGAGCGCACGGUGUACAGGAAAUUCAUGAGGCUAUUGACAUUGUUGGAUCAUGUGAUGUUGAGAAUUGGAGUGUGGACCUUAUAUCUUCACUUCCUCAUCAGAAACCACAUAUGUGGGAACAAAGCUUGAACCUCGCUAUUCAAGCAAAGCCGACACAUGUGUCAGUUUACGAUUUACAAGUUGAGCAAGAUACAAAGUUUGCAUCUUUGUAUACAGCUGGGGAAUUCCCUCUGCCUUCUGAAAAUCAAGCUGCUGAUUUUUACAGAAUGGCCUCUGAAAUGCUAAGAGAUGCUGGUUAUGAGCACUAUGAGAUAAGUAGCUACUGCAAAAGUGGUUAUCAAUGCAAGCACAAUUACACAUACUGGAUAAACAAACCUUUUUAUGCUUUUGGACUUGGGUCAGCCAGCUAUCUUAAUGGACUAAGGUUUUCAAGGCCAAGGAAGCUGAAAGAUUACAUGGGUUAUGUGCAAAAUUUGGAGAAUGGACUAGUGAAUUGUUGCCCGGACAGUAAAGUAGAUGCCCAAGACGUAGCAAUGGAUGUUGUUAUGCUGUCUUUGAGAACUGCUAAAGGGUUGGAUUUGAAGUCAUUUGGCAAAGCUUUUGGCAGCUCGACUAUUCUCUCCCUCUGUGAGGUCUAUAAGCCUCAUAUUGAGAGUGGGCAUGUUGUCUGCUUGGAUGAGCAAAGGAAAGAAAUCUCCCCAGAAGAAUUCAGCUCUUUGUUAUCUGAAGGGACCAAGAUCAAUGAGGUGUUGGCAUAUAUCAGGCUUAGUGACCCUGAUGGUUUCUUAUUAUCUAAUGAGUUAAUAUCCCUCGCGUUCAAUGUGUUAGCUCCAUAAGUUUCAACCUGGAUGGCUCAGAAGAGACUGCUCUGUUAGCAAUGCUGGUGGUUAAAGGCAAGAAGCUCCCAAUACUUGGAUGUCAUCAGUUGGUUUGUGUAAGAUCUAUCGACAUGUGAACUGGUGGAACCUCAAAAGAGCAAAGGCGAGUGUGUAUAUACUGCUGAACAAAACAUUGGAGAGAGUGGAAGGUUUCUGUUGCAAAGCAUAUUUAAGACAGCAGUAAAUGUAACUUGGUUAUCUGACCCCAACUGUUUAAUCGAAAUCCUUUGUUUACGAGUCAAGAUUUCUUCAUAAAUAUCGACUUGGUAUCCAAAAAUAUGUACAAAUUUUGUAUGACUUAAUUGAAGUCGUCCACAGUCGUCUAUUGAGCUUGUCCUGCUAUUACACAUGAUAUUCUCUCCUUGCACCAAAAACAAAUGACAUAGCAAAUGCUUUAGUGUUUUCUAUAUCAUUAUUUUGAAUUAAUCUCCUAUGUCUUCCAUGUAACACCAAUUAUAGGUUGGACAACAAGCAUGCAAGAAAAAUGUUAAAAGGAAUGCUGCCAUUGACUGACUUGUCUUUCCAUUUGCUAACACUUUUCCGAGCUUACCACUUACCAGUCAUAACAAUGCUUGGUCAACACACCCCAAGAAUUGAACUUCAGAUUACCCAAAGAAACAUACAACACAAAGAUUUCAUGUUCUCCCAAUGUACAAUUCAUAAAGAGAAAAGAGAUUGUGAUUGUCUUCUCAAGAGAACUGUUCUCUGGGUCUGAGAAUUGAUACAACAGAGUAAGAAUUUAGCUUCUGCUUCAAUGAUAUCGGUUGAUCCAGGCUGACAAGAGAUAAAUGCCCAGAUGCAUUAUACCAUGCUGACGGAGGAAAUGUAUUGACUUCUGCCUUGGAUCUCGGAUCAUCCAGCAAUGGUAAAUGAACCGUCACCAAGAAAUGUC